AUAACUAAUUGACCAAAAAGAAAAAAAAAUAAUGUAAAAAUUGAAAGAAAACGUGUGUGGAGCGUAAAAUGUGGUUGUCCUAUUAAAAAAAAAAUGAUGCUAUCACACGGUUAUUUACAUUGUAAGUUAUUCUAUGUGAAUGCAUAUAAUGUUAAUACGUAACUGUAAAAUAUAUUUAAAUUAAUAAAAAGAAAAAACAAUUAUUAUUAAUGAGAUUUAAAAUGAGGGAUGGUGAAAAUAUUAAAAAGUAAGAAAAAAUAUCGGUGCGUUUCCCGAUCGCGAUGUAUUCUUGUUAUGGAAAUAAUUAAAGAAAAAAAUGAGAUAAAAUAAAAUAAAAUAAAACGGUGUAACGCCCAAAAAGAAGCCACCGUAGAGCUCUGUUGUAUAUAUAUACAAAAAUACAUAUUGCUGUAAAGAUUAAACUAAAAUUGUUGUUUUCUUUGUUUUUGAUUUUUAACCAAUAAUAAAAAAUAAAUAAAUAUAUGCGUUAUUUUUACUCAAAACUCCUUAUUCUUUUCAAAAUCAUCAAAAAUAUUUUAAAUUUGUACUACCAUUCAUGUUUGCAUACUGUUUUCAAGAAGUAAAAUGUUAUACAUAUAUAUCCUUUUUUAAAGUAUAAUUUGAUUACUUUGAAAGAAAAAUCUAAACACUUUAAUUUUUGAUACGUUUCAGAAUGAUAACGAUAAAUCUAAAUCUUGUAAGGAAUUAAAGUAUUUAAGGAUGUUUCAUUUUAUCAAAAACACGUCGAAUUUCGAUUCCAAUUUCACUUCACUCGAUAUUAAUUUGAAAUUAAUACAGAACAGUUAAGUAUUUAUAAAUAUUUCAAAAUGGAGGAUACAUAUUAUAGCUGGCCUUUAUUAAAAACUUUUUCGCCCGGAUGUUUAAUUCGUUUGCAGGGUGUGGCAAAUCGAAACGGAACAAGAUUUGAAAUUAGUUUCCAAUGCGAUUCUAACAUUGAUAAAUCGGGUUGCGCUCUUUCAACAACAUUUUCAUUCGAUAAACAUUCAUUUUUCGUUUCAAAAUGUUACGUACCCGAAAAGGGGUGGUUACAAGAAACGCGAGUUGAUGAUGUAAACGUUAUCCAAGGGGAAAAGUUCGAGAUUAUUGUACAAUGUGAGGUCACAAAAUUUAAGGUAGCUUUAAAUGGCGAACAAAUUUCGGAUUUUUUCCACGUGAUUCCGUUUACCCACGUAAAAUUGGUCGAAUUAAAAGGAGACGUUAAGUUAUCGUUGGUUUCGUAUGAAGAUUGCACAUUUCCGAAUCAAGAGAAAAUCGAGUAUGGGUAUCCUUUACCAAGAGAUAACUAAAUAAGAGUGAUUUAUAUCGUAAAUUAAUGCAAGAAGCUUUAUUCAAAGAUAAAAUAAUAAAUUUUAUUGAGUUUUA